CGAGUUACUAAUAUGCAAAUGGCAGCGUUUGCAUGGGCCUGACGCCAAGCUGCUGGGUGUCAGGGCACCCGAGGGAGCCGGAGGUGGGGCGAGGCGUGGCACCGCUCCGCAUGCUCACCUGGCCCUGCAUGGCAACAGGCAAUGGAGCUCUAGGUCCCUUCGGCAGCGGACCCACGGCCGCUUCGAGAGGCAGCGGGUGGCAGAGGAGGGAGGGCAAACUGGCAGCCCCUGGCAACCUGGGGCUGACGGCAGGAGGCUGGGCACACCGCGGAUUUCCCCCCGCCGGCAGGAUGGUGAACCUGGAGUCCGUGCACGCAGCUGUCCCCGAAGGAGAAAGUGGCCCCGGGUGUGGUGGCAGUCAUCACUUCAAGGAGAUCAAGAUGAGCGGGGAUGCGGCAGAUUCCACAGACACCCGGCACGAACCUGACCAGGUGGAGCCAGGGAAUGAACAGAAUGGGCUGGACUUUAACAGGCAGAUUAAAACCGAGGACCUCAGUGACUCCCUGCAAUCUGCCAUCCCCCCUCGGUCGGGUCACCUCGUGCAGGGAUCAUCCAUGAUGCCAGGGAGCCAAAUCGCAGGGGACAUGAGCUCCCUCCACACCCUGCAGCAGCUGGUGUUGCUCCCUGGGCACAUGCAGUCAGUCCCCCAAUUCCUUCUGUCCCAGUCUCAGGCAGGACAACAAGCUUUGCAGCCAAACCUCCUCUCGUUCCCUCAGCAGCAGGGCAGCCUCCUCCUCUCCCAGCCCGGACCCAGCCUGGCCUCCCAGGCUGUGGGGCGCUCUGGCCUCCCCGGCUCCUCGGUCGAACCCCACCUGGACGUCCCCCAGCACUUGCAAGUGGCAAAGCACCUGACCCCAGCAGGGGCUUCUGAGGAGCCCAGCGACCUGGAGGAGCUGGAGAAGUUCGCCAAGACUUUCAAACAAAGGAGGAUCAAGCUGGGGUUCACACAGGGUGACGUUGGCCUGGCCAUGGGGAAGCUCUACGGCAACGACUUCAGCCAGACCACGAUCUCCCGCUUCGAGGCUCUCAACCUGAGCUUCAAGAACAUGUGCAAGCUCAAGCCGCUGCUGGAGAAGUGGCUCAGUGACGCAGAAUCUGCUCCUUUGGAUUCUUCCAUGAGCACCCCCAAUUCCUACCCCUCCGUGAACGAGAUGUUUGGACGGAAAAGGAAGAAGAGGACCAGCAUCGAGACCAACAUCCGCUCCACGCUGGAGAAGAGAUUUCAAGAUAACCCCAAGCCCAGCUCAGAGGAGAUCUCCUUGAUAGCAGAGCAGCUCUCCAUGGAAAAGGAGGUGGUUCGGGUCUGGUUCUGCAACCGGCGCCAGAAGGAAAAGCGGAUCAGCUGCCCGAUGCCAUCCCCCAUCAAAUCACCCAUCUACAACUCCAGACUGGUCUCUACCUCAGGGUCCUUGGGGCCCCUCUCCGUCAAUCCAGUGCACAGCACCAUGCCUGGGACUGUGACAUCCUCGUGCUCCCCAGGGAACUCCAGCAGGCCCUCGUCCCCUGGCAGUGCCCUCCAUGCCAGCAGCCCCGGCACAGCCCAGAGCAACUCCAAAGCUGCCAUGAACUCCUCUGGCUUCAACUCUUCAGGAUCCUGGUACCGAUGGAACCAACCCACCUACCUCCACUGAGACGCCUCCUCCGCCAGGGCGAGAGCAGCUCUGCCACCGGGCCGUGGACCAACGAUGCUCGGGGCCUUCCAGUGCCUUCCACCGCUGCCAGCGCAGCCUCGCGCCAGGGCCCCCCAGCAGCGGGGCUGUGCAGGGACUCAAACUGCAGCCCAGCCCUUCCCCGAGGCCCCCCCAGCCCCACAGUGACAUUGUCCCCCUUCCCCUCAGCCCCCACAGUGCCACUGUCCCGCUGUGCCCGGCUCCAGGGCGAGCCCCUGCUUUGCUGUCCUCGCAUGGCUCCUCUGCUUGCAGCUCCGCAUCCUCCCGGGCGGGAUUCCCGUGUCAGGACUCUCCUCUCUCUCUGUCCCCGUCCCGUUCCAGAGCUUCCCAAAAGGAAGGAGGGUCCCUCCUGCUCUUCCUGUCACGCACAGCCCCCAAACUGAGCCGAGGUUUGAGUUCAUUUCACCGCAGCCCCGUGGCUGGGUGGGAGCCUUGGUUUUCCCCAGGCUCCCGAUCCACUUGCUUUGCGCCUCCUGCUCCCUUUCUAAAGGUGCUUUUUGUUUUUUUUUCCCCUUCCUUUUUUUUUUUUUUUUUAAUUAAGUAUUUUAGAGCCUUCUUAUUUUUUCCUUUAAAAAAAUACCAACCAACCA